GAGUACCUCAAAUAGUACAAACAGUGUCGCUGCAAAAGCGGCCACCGAGUGCUGUCCCGUGAUAGUGCAGGUCUCGAACGAGGUUUUCUGCCACGAUCAUGGAUCUCUUGAUCCAGCGAUCGGAUAUAACGCAGACCCGCUUCGUCACCAGCGAGGAUGUGCUGCUGCAGGACGGGCAGGCGCUGGCGCAGGUGGAGAAAUUUGCGUUGUCGGCCAACAACCUGAGCUACGCCGUUCUCGGCGACAAAAUGCAGUUUUGGGACUUUUUCCCGCGCGGAAGGGGAAAGACAUCCUGUGGUGGGGCUUCCAGCUCCUCAACAUCUUCGUCAACCGGUGCUUACUGUUCGGCGUCUUCUACUGACACACACAUGACCUCGGAAGUAGAGCAAGUGGAGCAGCAGCUGGCACUGCACUUUGGGCGCUUGCCAGUGUGGGGCUUUGCGACCGUGGUGGCAUCGCGAAGUCCCUUUUUGCGGCGGGGUACGAGGCUCUUCGGGAUGUGGCCCACUUCGUCGUUUCUCGUGCUGCAGUAUGAAUGAGAGCAAAUAUGUCUUAGGACUUCUCGUCGCACGUCGAAUCAGAUGUAAAUACCAGAGAAGAUGAAAAUACGCUUGCAGUAACGUCUGCUGGCAGGGCAGAAGAACUACUUCUUGCGCACCAAAACAUUUUCGUUUGCAUUCUCCGUCUCUCAAGAAACGCGAAGUGUCAUGCGUGGAAAGGGGUUUGUCCUCAGGUCGCUUGCGCUGCCAAAUUGCUGAUACACAUGACAAGUACAGACAUGUUUACCAUUGAAUUAGAGCCGGAAGAGUUGGCGGACAAUGUGGCGAUGAAGCGGAGUCGGUCUGUAUCAAGUAGAAAUAAUGUAGUUGCACUGUCUCAGGGCGGGACAUCUCCCUCUUUCUUCCCGAUGUGUGUACGGAUCGCUCCUGCUUACAGGACACAUAGAAAGAAUUCAACCUCGACCACAGCGGCGCGAGUUUUGUAUCCUAGAUGGGCGCGGCUCCACCAAGUACAAGUAGUACAGGAUUCGAAGAAAGAGUGAAGCCCGUAAACCAACAGUCACGAGGACCCCGUCCCCUGCCCUGUGGCAAACUUUUUUACUUCCGUUCAUACUCAAGCCUGGUUGUCGUUCCUGAGCUUGUAUUUGCCGAGAACCGUCACAACUUUCCCUUGUCGCCGUCCACAGGAGGGAAUGGCGUACGAGGCAAGCACCAGCCACACCAACCCUCGGCAAUCGUGCCGGUUGGGCAUUACCAAGAUCAUGCGCAAACAAUAUCCGGUGCGGAAGUUUUAGAUAUUCCUGCGCAGCAGGGUCUCCAAAUACGGAAUGAAUGUCAUGCAAGCGCGAACGCGAAUCGCAAUCGCCGUCCCCGUCGUUGUUCAUGAUCACGUAGGGUUUUAAAUACUAUGUUACCGAGCCACUGUGGCCAAAAAGCGUGGCGCUGUGGCCUACGUAUCAAUCUGGAAUGUUCGCACUGAAUAUCUGAAUGGUCGGCAGCGGACCUUGUUGGAACUCGAUCCGGGUGCCGACCAGCAGCAGUCUCCGGGCUCCUCGUGGCGCAGGCAGUACUUUUUCAUGCUGCAACAGGAGCAGCUGUUACAGCACGGGGAGACUAUGCUGAAGAACAGUAGUCCCAGCGGGCGGAUUGCAGUGGCAAAUUCGAUGCAAUCGCCCAGCACGGUCAUGUCAAGAGCUGUGCACGAGAACCCCUUCCACCAGCACACGACGAAUGCCCACGACCAGGGUUCUGUCGCUUCUCGCCGAAGUGCAGCGUUUGGUGGUCCUCUUUACCACAACCGGAAGUCGACUGCAGGGCUCACUUUCAAGCGGGGCUCGGAGUUGGUUAUUGACGAGCAUCCGUCGCGCCGGCACGUUUUGCCACUAGUUUACCGGUCGUACCGGGUGUGCGAUCCCGGGACAUGGCCGAACCUGUACUCGCGGGCGACGGAGGACUUGUUGAUGCUGCUGCAGCCCUUGUUCCCGACGGCUUUCUUCCUCGAGGACUGGCUGCGCUGGCACGACUUUUUCGACGCGGACACGCUGGUCAUCACGAGCGCAAGCUGCAAGUCAGCACUCUGCUUUCUCAUGGUAUUGCAGGAACAGAGGAAGCGGGAAGGUACUUCUUUUGUAUGUUUUUGAAUUCAUCUUUGCAGCUGCAAUUGACCUUUCAACAAUAAACUUGGUCGUGCACCAGGACUACCACCAUACUGAAGAAACCCACCGCUACUUCACAGCCUCGCUACCGUUAGAAGCUCGGCGUCCUCUAUUCGGCGGCGGCACACGUGGCGGAGGCGCCGGUCAGGUGCGCCCACUGAAAAUCAUUGCAGUAGUAUGAUACGGAGACAAAAAAUGACGCAAGAGUUGUGCUAUACAAAAAUCGGACAUCGCGUCGUCGAUAGUUCCGUAGCUCUAUCCAGGCUUGGAGAGUCAGAGUUGACUAUAGGUAGAAUCGUAGGUAGGCAACUUCUCAGCGCAACAUUCCAAGAGAUCAUUUCCCAUGAUGCUGAUGCGACACCUACCUCGUCAAGCUCUUGUGUGUCUUUUCCGCUCCUCCUGUUCAUACGAAACUUCGGGCGCGAACUACCGCUUCGUGGAGCGAUUCCUCAAGGCGAAUUUCCCAAAGCCAAAGGGAAAAACCCGACCCAACGCCGUGAGUUCCGAGGUUCUCCUGUACGACGACUACCGGUUUUUGCACAAGUUGCCCCCCACGCAACAAGGCGCGGUUUUGCUGGACUUCGCCGGCAACCCGGAGACCGUGAAGAAGGUGCACGUGCGCUACCACAGCUUUUUGACGAAGUCAGUGUCCGUCGGCGAUACGCACCGCUUGGGUCGGCUGAGCUUCAGCGUCGACAACACUCUCCUGCAGCAGCAGGAGUCGCAGGUAGCUACUCCAUCGCGGGGACAAGGUGGGAUGAUGAAGAACAUGAACAGUCCAUCAGCAACAGCGUCCCGGCAGCAGCAAAAGAAUCCGUUCACGCGUUUUUUUGCCCCAGCUUGGAUUCAGGAACGGCAGCGACUAGUGGACGCGUUUGAGGCGUCCGGGGAGGCGCUGUCGCUGUAUGAUUCACUAGAAACGCUCUUUUUGAAAAUUCUAACGCGAUUCGAGGCCGAAGUUGUCGAAACGUAUGUGCAGAUCGGGAGUCACGAAAUUUUAUCGAAGUGGUGAAAAAGGGAUGUAUGUCGCGCCGCGUUUCGUUUAUCGCAGCCAAUGAUCGCACGAAACAUGUUUUUGUAGUUGAUAUUUCGGUUUAUUGAUUCGGAUCGAUUUCAGAAUUGCAAUCGCACUCGCGAGCAAGAUGCUUGUACAGGCGGCACGACAUACUCAAGAUUUUCCCUCAAGAGACUCAAGACGGCUACGCGGAGAUCUUGCAGGCCGUGCAACAGUGCCCCAACAGCUGUUUCGUCUUUAACAUGCUGAAUGAGGCGGAUGUGGUGGCACCGUCGAACGACGCUCUUGUCGCCCUUGGGAUGAACGCAGGAAACAGCGACAGUGGGAAGAAACGCCCUGGGAGGAGAAGUGCCGAGAAAGAAGUAAAUUCUAAAGCAAGUGCGCCGAACAAAAAGUGCAAAACUUUAACGACGUACAAGCAGACUCGGAGUGGGAGUGCAGGCGGCGGACAGGGGAGCAGCAGGGCAAUGUGCUGUCGUAAAUGCUGCUGUUUCUGCUGAUAGGAUUCUCGAACUGAUACAAGGGGUAGAAGUUCUCGAAGAAAGCGUUUCUGUAGUUAACACGAGUGAAGUGGAGUGUGAUGAGUUUCAUUAGUAGAACUGGUUUUAAAAGGAAAAGCACAAGUGAAAUAAGUGAAACAGGAGGAGCGGCUUCGGAAUUUGUCGAU